AUGGCCUAUCGGAUUGCGAGAGCAAUCAUUGUAGACAAUGCAACCAAGGGCGAGCUUGCCAACGUUUUUAGUGAUCUAGACCCUCCAAGGUUCUGCCGCGUUGCUCAAAAACGUGGAUGCGAAGACAUGGCUAGAGCCAUCGAAAGCAGCAAAGAUCCAAAAAAGAAACGCUGUUCCGUUGCACGCAUUGACCCGGAAACUCUCACACGGAUGGUGAAGCACAUUCUUUUGUUUUCUCAAGCUCUUUCUUGGGGCACCAAGGAACUAAGACAAAACGGAAAGACUGAAACGAUCACAUUCCCAAGACUCACAAGAACACACCCAGUGGAAGUGAUGUUUAUGGAUUACGUAAGAAAGGGGGCAGAGCUCAAGGGAAUUGAGUUCAACGAGGAGCGUCAACCACCUCAACGCACAACCCACUACCUCCUUGUCAAGCAUUUGACAUCAAAGGCUGAGAAAAGUAUCACUUGUAUUGACUAUGUCCAGGAUAUCUUGGUGAAUGUUCGAGUGACUGGGCUUACAACAAUUAUUGAGCAAGUCGUCGCCCCAACUCAGCAGAAGGCAAUGCAGCGAUACGUGUUAGUCCUUCAAAACUUUCUGAAGUACCAAUAUGAUGGGCACCAUGAAGAAGGAUCAGUAAUUUGUUCCCACAGCAUUGACUAUGGCCUAAGAUUGGCCUAA